AUGUUCAAGUCACUCGUUGGCCUAUCUCUGUUCUGCGCCUCGGCACUGGCCCAGACUCCCGCCCACUCCUGGCCCACCACGCACAAGCACCUUGGCGUUAGCUACGGAGAUCUCAACGUCACCCCCAACCUCUGGAUUAGUAGUCAAGAUGUCUCCAGCCAGCCAGUUGUGUACGAUACCAACCACAAUUCCGACUGUAUCAGCUACAUGAUCUUCAUGAUCGACUGGAUGAUUCCUGCCAGCGACAUGGCGAGCCCUGACCAGUACCCCUCACUUGUCCCGGGUCUCGCUGUUAACACGACCAAUCGUUUGCACUGGUGGGGCGGAAACUUCACCCUUAACAGAAAGGGCGUCUUCGUCAGCGAGUCUGAGGCUGUCUCUCCCUACACGGGACCCCGUCCCCGUGACUCCACCAACCACACCUACGCCUUCUAUCUGUUUGAGCAACCCAGGCACUACAAGCUGCCUGCCGCCGCUGCUGAUGGCCUCUACUACGACCAGACCACCAAUGCGCGCUUUAACUUCUCCAUGGUCCCUAUCGUCAAGGCGGCCGGCAACCCCGUAGCGGCGACCUACUUCCUUUCGAACAACGCAUGA